AUGAUAGUGCCAUGGUGCUACCAACCGGAGAUUCUUUCACAUCCUUCUUUGGGAUGCUUUUUGAGUCACUGUGGGUGGAACUCUUCGCUGGAGAGUUUGGUGUCUGGUAUUCCAAUGGUUGGUUUUCCACAAAUGCAAGAUCAACUUACAAAUGCAAAGCUUAUAGAAGACGUGUUCAAAACCGGGAUAAGGGUGAAAGUGAAUAAAGAAGGAAUACUAGAAGGAGAUGAAAUCAAAAGGUGCAUAGAAGUGGUUAUGGGAGGUGGAGAAAAGAGGGAAGACUUGAGGAAGAAUGCCAAGAAGUGGAAGGAUCUGGCCAGGGAAGCUGCCAAAGAUGGUGGAAACUUGGAACAGAAUCUCCAAUAUUUUCUAAAAGGUUUAUAA